AUGAUCGGCAGCACUUUGCUGCUGCAGCGCCAAGCUGCUGCUGCUGCUGCUGCUGCUGCUGCAACUCCUGCUGCUGCUGCUGCUGCUGCCGUAUCAAUGUGCUGCUGUCUCGGCUCGGCUCAAGCACUAACAGCAGCAGCAGGAGCAGCAGCAAGGAGAGCAACAGCAGCAGCAACAGCAAGAACAGCAGCAGCAACAGUAACAGCAGCAGCAAGAACAGCAGCAGUAGGACCCUUAGGAGAUCUCUCUCUGCUGCAGCUGCGCAGCAAAUGGCCUCUUACUGUCUCUGCAACAGCAGCAGAGACAGCAACGGCAGCAGCAACAGCAGCUGCUGCUGCAGCAGCAGCUGCUGCAGCAGCACGUUUUUCGGGUUCCAGGCAUCAUCUGGCAACUGCAGCAGCAGCCUCUGCUGCUGCUGCUGCAGCAACAGCAGCAGCAGAUCCAGAGGGGAGCAGUUCUAUGGAGGGGAAACCAUUGAAAAAGCAGAAAAAGAAGCAGCUUCAAAAGCAGAAGGCAGCAGCAGCAGCAGCAGCAGCAGCAGCAGCAACAGCAACUGAUGCUGCAGCAGCAACAACAGGCUCAUCAGAGGAGCAGCCAAACGAAGAAACAGCAGCAGAAAAACCGGAUAAGCCGAAGAAAAAGCAACGCGCAGCAUCAGAUGCAUCUGCUGCAGCGCCUGAAGCAGCAACAGCAGCAGCAGCAGCUCCUGAAUCAGCAGCAGCAGCAGCAAGAGCAGCAGCAGCCCCUCAAGUUCCAGCAACAGCAGCAGCGCCUGAAACGCCAGCAGCAGGAGCAGCAGCAGCAGCAGCAGGAGCAGCAGCAGCAGCAGGAGCAUUAUCUGUGUACGAGCGUUUCCCUUCGAUGUCUGCAGCAGCAGCAGAGCCUCUGCUUAAAGACAGCUUGUCAAGAUUUGCUGCUGCAGCAGCAAAACAAAACAGCAAGACGGGUGCUUUAGCUUGGCGUGCUUACGAAGGCUUCCCUCCGCGCUCUCGCAUUUGUUUAGGAGAUGAACGCUCGAGGUUUGGGCCUCAACCUUUGGGCCUUUAG